GUCACUUGAAUAUACACAAAUAUAUUCAUACAGGAGGACAGCCAUAUCACUGUGACAUCUGUGGUAAAUCAAUGUCUUCGAUUAGUAAAUUAACAGUACACAAACGUUUUCACACUGGGGAGAAGCCAUUUCAGUGUGAUACCUGUGGUAAAUCAUUCUCUAUUAGUAGUCACUUAACUGCUCACAAAUAUAUUCAUACAGGAGUAAAGCCAUAUCCCUGUAACAUCUGUGGUAAAUCAUUUGCUGUUAGAAGUAAGUUAAUUACUCACAAGCGUAUUCAUACAGGAGAAAAGCCAUACCACUGUGAUAUCUGUGGCAAAACAUUGUCUGAUCCAGGUAACUUAACUAGUCACAAACGUAUUCAUACAGGUGAAAAACCAUAUCUUUGUGACAUUUGUGGUAAGCCAUUCUCUCACAGUGGCGAUUUAACUGCUCACAAACGCAUUCACACAGGUGAGAAGCCAUAUGACUGUGAUAUCUGUGGUAAAUCAUUUUCACGUAGAGAUGCAUUGACAG